AUGUCUCGAAGUGGGAUUUUUAGGCCUGAAAAUCUGGGCCAAAAUGCACUAGCAAUGAUUCGCAACCUCUGCUUCUCAUUGUGUGUAAUUGGGGUCUUGAUUUUCAUUAUAAUGGCUGCAACUUACAAACCCGAUGACCCAAUGUUCCAUUCCGAUUCCACAUUCAAAUCUGAUAAAUCUGUUUUCAAGACUGGUGAAGACUUGUUGGCAUCGAAUAAGACUGCCUUUGAGGAGGCCGAGAAUCGUGGUUGUAAUGGGAAAGUUGAUGACCCUAUUGAUUGUGGUGAUCCAGAGGUAUUCCAUUUGUUAAUGAGGGCUGCCAUUGACAAAUUUAAGGACAUAGAUUUCUACCGGUUUGGUAGAGCAGUUCGCGGGAUCAACAAUACUUCUUGCCACAUGGCUUGGCGAUUUAGGCCUAAAGGGAACACUGCUGCAUUUGAUAAAGAUUACAGAAACUUUGUGCUUGUCAGCGAUAAUUGUACAGUUAGCGUGGUUGGGAUUGGGGAUUAUCAUUCGGGGGUGAAUGCGAUGAAGAGGAAAAGGAAGGGGAAAGAUGCGAAGACGGAAGAAUUUGAAAAGCUGAGAUCAGAGAUGAUUGAGGAAACAACGAAUGAUUCACUUUCUGGGGUGGAAUUGGAUGGUUCGUUUAGUCGUGGAAAAUAUUUGGUUUAUUCUGGUGGUGGUGAUAGGUGCAAAAGUAUGCAGCACUUCUUGUACAGUUUCAAUUGUAUGUUGGGUGAAGCUCAAUAUUUAAACCGGACUUUGGUUUUGGAUUUGAGUAUAUGUUUGCCUUCGAUCUACACAUCAUCUGGUCAAGAUGAGGAUGGUAAAGAUUUCAGGUUUUACUUUGAUAUCGAGCAUCUAAAGGAUACAGCUUCACUGAUGGAUCAGGGUCAAUUCUGGUCAGAAUGGAACAAGAGGCGAGAGAAAGAUGAAUUAACUCUUCAUCUUGUGGAAGAUUAUAGAACUACACCUAUGAAACUAGCUAGAGUGGAAGAUGCUUUGAUUAUGAGGAAGUUUGGGACAGUGGAGCCAGAUAAUUACUGGUAUAGAGUGUGUGAAGGUGAGACGGACAAGGUUAUUUCACGGCCAUGGCAUAUGGUAUGGAAGUCCAGAAGUUUGUUGGACAUGGCGUCUGCGAUUGCUAUGAGAAUGGAUUGGGAUUUCGACACCAUUCAUAUUGAGAGAGGAGAGAAGGCGAUGAAUAAGGAGCAAUGGCCUAAUCUUGAUAGAGAUACUUCACCAGAAGCUCUUCUGGCGACUUUGCAAGGCAAAAUGGAAGCAGGAAGGAACUUGUAUAUCUUAACAAAUGAGCAUAAUACAUCCUUUUUCGACCCUUUAAAAGCCAAGUACUCGACUCAUUUUCUUGAUGAAUUUAAAGAUCUCUGGGAUGAAGACAGCGACUGGUAUGCUGAGAUGAAAAAGCUCAAUAAUGGAAAACCUGUUGAAUUAGAUGGUUACAUGAGGAUGUCUAUUGAAGAUGAAGUGUCAUUGAAGGCAAAAAAGAAGUUUGAAACUUUUAAUGAUCUCACCAAAGACUGCAAGGAUGGUAUUAAUACAUGCAGAUCUGCCAGCUAA